UCGAAGAAAAACGAAAAUCAUCGCACUGGCAUCGCUGGCAUCCGUGCGACUCGCGUACUUUUCCUAGCGGCAUGGUAACGAUCUAGGGUUUUAAAUGUAAUGAUCUAGGGUUGCUUGAGCCGAUGCCGAUGCCAACUAUGGUGUCAAAGAUUUCUCGGCGUAGAUGGAGUCGUGAUAAUUAUCAGUUCGCCUUUGUGGCACCAGCAUUAGACCUUAUCUCCUUGCUACGCGGUUUAACGACGGCAGGGAAUGAAACGAACGCACUCUGUAUCCUACUUGUCAGAUAUAUGCGUGGUCUCGGCCAGACUGAAGUGCCCCUGCACUUAUGUUCAACCACGAUGCGUUGUCGAGCACGAAUCCUUGAAAAGGUGAAUGUCUUGCAUUAUACACCUCUCUGGAGGGCGCUUGAGAGUUUAAUCAUACUCAUGAAGAAUCAUAAUGUCUCCAUGAGUAAACAAAGCGCAUCGUACCUGGUGAGCAAUCAUUGCUUCAUGGUCAAUGGUAUGUAAUUUGCAUGUAUUUUUAGGCAGCUCAGUUGGCGGCAAUAAUUAGUUCAUCGAGUCACAAUGGCAGGUAUGCAAGCAUUUUGGCUCUAUUCCGCGGCUUUAUCCAAGCUGCUGUUGGUGAUGUGUCAGUGACCUUGGAUGAGACGCCGCACAGACUGAACGCACAGACUGAAUGUUCAAGUUUAACGUUUCUCCUUUCGGUAUCAUCAUCUCUUGACUUACCGUUUUGGCUGAUCCACAGUCUGCUCCGAGAGCUCACUCUCCUGGUCGAUUUGAAGCUUCCAUUGCAUAGUUUUGCAUAUUCUUUUUUAAUAAUCUGGUCAGAGAAACCAUGCUAUGUGCACCAUUAAUAUUGCUGGUGUGAGUAGGGCGAAUGCACAGAAUUGUCCUGAUCAAGAGCCACAAAAUUACCUGAAUCAUGUGCUUGCAAUGGAUACUACCAGCACUACCUCAGGAUUACCUGUGAUACAUGAAAGACGGGAGACUGAUUUGCACAUUAAACCAGCUGGAUCAAAUCUGUCCGUGGAAGAGUCGACAUGAAUCAACCCCAUGUUGAAGGUCCUAGCAGAAAAUUUGUAGGUGCUUCCACUUCCGAUGUUUUGGUGAGCUUGUGCACACUAUCCAAAAUUCUUUCUUGUCAUUAUUGGAACGAAUGGCAGAUUCCUUGCCCAACCAAAGAAUGAACAAAUUCGAAGAUAUUGUUUGCAAUGCUGUCCUUGAAAUGACUGGAGAGCUUCAGACGUUGAGUUCAAGGGUAACCACCGAUCGCGCAUUGGAUCUCCUGAUAUAUAUUGCCAUUCUUUCCGGGCAUCCUAUUGAUGUUUGCAGAGCAAUGAACGUCUUCUCAUUGCAUUAUACUUGCUAUGUUCCAUGAAUUCUAUGACCAUAGGUUGAUCGUGCUUGCGGACAUGCCCUACUUGUUCUAGUUGACUUUCUCGCACCACACACCAAAAAUGGUAAUGCCUUUGCUUGCUGGGAUACCGUACUGCACAAAAUUAUUGAGCUACUGGACAUUCAGUCUCGAUGCACGAUAUCAUCGAACUGUAGACUAUGUCAUUCUAUUCCUCUUAGCAUAGUACUAGAGACCCACAUAUUUAAUAUUUUAUUGAGAUCUGCAACAAACGAGCAUUCCGGCGCCAAAAAAAUCUCAAGCAAGACAUUGUGGUAUUCUUGAUAUAGGCUCAUUUGCACCUGGCAGUGAACUCAACAGUUAGUGAGUUGGCAACGCUGGUACUUGGGAGUCCUGCUUUUUCCCGUGGUCCUGCUUGUGGUUCUGUGCGAGCAUUGUCCAUGGCUGGAGCACAUAAUGAGGAUGAUACCUCUAGGCGCUUGUUGAUGCAGUUUUGACUGAGGCCAGAAUAGACCAGAAGCACCACAAAUUGAUCUUUGAACUUGAAGCCCAUAGCUAUGGUCUAUUUGAAAGAUGUAUUUCACCGACUCAAGCUUGCAUGCUACUGGAGUAACUGAUUGAGCCAUAAUGAAAUAAUCACACUCGUGUCAUAGAACCAUCAGUCAUCUAGGUGGCUACUUGAGGGUGACAGUGACUGCUGCUCAUACCAAAAUGUACGCGUAUUCGAGUUCUGUUUGGAACUAACUCAAUAUUGCCCAAUAGGCCUUAAGCAAUGCCUCGAUCUAUGCAAAUUUCUGUGUCACUUGAAAGCAACAAGUCUCCAACCAUCCAACUGAUAUUGUAGGAACAAGCUUUCAUUGGUAACAUGGUGCACACGCCGUAUCCCCUUAUUGUACAUCACAGUUCAGCUAUUCAGGUUCCUGUGGUGAUGUGUCGUGUCUUCCAUCGACAUGUCUGUGGUCUGAUUUCACAUCCUUUUCGUGAUCCUUCCAGCCCCAAGACACUUCAAAAUUUGGUUGGGAGCAUACGAUGUAGUCAAACUCACACUAUGCGAAACUCAUAUAUUGGGAUGCGUCAACCCUUUGAGCGCAUAACUCAACGAGUCAGUUGCAUGCCAAAUGGCUUCACUCCAAGGCAUUUGUGGCUAACUUGGCUUCCUGGGUGCUUUCAAGCUCUUUUCGCCACAGAAUUGUCUUCAGAGGACUCAUCCUCAGUAGUCUCCUCUGUCCAAUGCUUGUUUUCAAUUGGUUACGCGAGUGCUCUGGCAACAUAUCCCCCAAAGCCAAUGAAAGAAUUGACAACUUGGUUAUUUCUUGGAACGUUUAUUGGUUGCCAAAAGUUUAUUUUAGAGUGUACCUCUUUAUUCUUCAAGGAUCUGGUGUGGAUUGUCAACAACAUUGUACAUGCACCCGGGAAUACCAUGAAAAGUCGUCAUCGAGCAGUGCCUUUUAGCUUGUCAUUCAGAUUGGCCAGCUGUUAGGCUCGUGGGCAGCUAGUUCCUAUUUGCUCCGUCUUGACUUCUACAUGCCAAUGGUAGCUGUCUGUUAGCUGCGCCUUCUCUUUGCAAUUCACAGGGCUAGCAUGCUCCCUCUCAGGUCUGGUCGCCCAAUGACGUUUCUAUCAAAAAGGAAAGCAAUUUCACUCACCUUGUCUCAGGGCGAUGCGGCCACUCAUCUUUUCUUACUUACCUUCAGCGGGAAAUCAAUCGAGACAAUAGAGACGAAAGCAAGCGGUAUGCUUUAUUCCUUCGCCUCUGGAGUUUUUUGUAUGCACAACGUAGUAGCGCUAUAAGGUCUUCUGGUGAAGAUAAGCUCCCCUAUAGCGCCACGGCGUCUAAUGACCUGUGCUGCUGCCUAACCUCGUUCGCAUGCAGUCAAAGCUACCAUUGUCUGACAUCAAAGCUGCUGGACGACAGCGAAGUAAUCCUUCUGAAUUUUAUCCAGUGCAUUCGGGCCUCCUCCAGAAUUCGACGCCUGAGCCUUCAACAGCUUGAUCUGCCACCCUUGCUUUUGGCAAUUCAACUACUUUCUGGCAACGCUACUGGUAUGCGUCUUCCUUGCGUGGUCUUGGGUACUCUUUCCUCUGUUUCUGCAACUGAAUCGUCGUUGUCGUUGAAAAAUGUUAUGGAAUCCUGCAAUACAUUUCGACAGCUAGCCACCAAGCACGAUACGUCUCUCACUUGCCACGUGUUUACCGUAGUUUUGAGCAUGAUAUAUGAUUACAAUCGCUUGCUGGAAAAGUUUUUUUCCGCCAAAAUCAUUUCGCUUCGAAAGUGGCUGCAUGCUGUUGGUUUCCUCUCUCAGCUGCUUAACCAAAACCCACGAGUGUGCUCUCAGACUGCAGCGUUAAGAAGCUUAAAUUCGCGUGUUCAGUCACGUGCCCUCAGUAGUACACCAUCGCAUUCCACUAGUCAGAUGGAAGCACUGCUAAAUGAAGACAAGUAUUGGAGGCAGUGGAUGAUAGAAGGUGAAUUGCAUUUGUUGUACAAACAGGCAGUCCAUGCUGAUCUCCUGCGCUCUAGUACUAAAUGCCAGUGGCAAAACAGUCAACCCCCCAAUGCUUUAUCCCAAUGAAAUCGGUUUUGAACCUGCUCAAGAAGUUUUAGGAACUGGCCAUCUGCCCCGAGUUGCCCAAAAUUGCCGACGGUAGAAUCUCCGGGUAACUUGAAGUUCUUACGCCCGAGGAAGUCGCCACUUGCUAUACCCCCCCUAUCCUAUACCCUUUUAUAUACACUUACACACACACUGGCACAACACGCCACGCGUAAUUAAACACCGUGACAUGUGGGGGAAGCCAGACUAGGAUUGCUCCAUAGCGAAUAUAAACGCUGUCCUGUAGUGUGGAUUUUCUAAAACGAAG